UUUCCGUCCUUUACCUUGGCAACGGCCUUCUACCCGGAUGUUGUCUUCUUCGCCGCGAAAUAUCAAGUACUGCAAGAGAUAGAAAUGUUGUCCAAAGUGUCUUAAGAAGUUAAAACGUCUUGCUGUUGAACUAAGGGUGCUUGCUGAGUGCAUUAAAAGUUUGGACACAUACACGACGUGUGCGGUGGUUGCCAUGCAGCGGAGUAAAGCCGCUGUGAGUGUGGAAGUGAAGCGGGUGAUUGGAGCUCUGUGCAGACUGUUAGCUGCCACCGGCCUGGAAGCUGUCCCCGCGCCGGAGACUUUCAGGCGGGCUAAAUUUGGUGGUGGACUCGAGGUGGAGGAUCAGUUUUGGCAGCUCCUUGCUGACAUCCUUCAGACAGCUAACAUUGUUUCCUGUGAAGCUCGUGCACAGCUAAGAGGAGAGCACAGGAAGCUGGUGGCUGCAGGCCUCUGGCAGACUGGCUACCAUGCUGACUGGGUGUGUGACAGGCAGGGAGGAGAAGGACAAGAGGGAGGGAGAUUCUUCAGCAGAGAACUCCUGCUGGCGCUGGGCUGGCUGCUCGCUACGGGAACGCUGGAGAAACUGCUGACACAGCGAGUACUCCAACUGGACAAAACACUACUCACACCUACACCUGUGAUCCCACAGUUUUCCAAUGAGCUGCAGUUAGACUCAGCGUCUCUGAGGAAACUUCAGUGGCUCUUUGGCAGUCUGAGAUACCAGGGGCGGACCCUGCUGUCCAUGCAAGAAGAGCGAACCCGCUUGCUCCAUGCUGUUUUGUUUGCCACCCUUCCCUCCUCUGUAGCCUCCUCUGAUCAAAGCUCAACAGUGCUACAAGAGGACUGUGUUUGUAUGCGGCAGCUCUGUGACCUUCUAGAGGCAUACCUGAACUGGACACAGGUGGAGAAAGUCUUCUGGACCUGGAUGGAUAGUGUGAUGGACUCCCAUCUGACAGAUCAUGUUGUCAAGAAGCCUACACAUGUACCCAGUGGAAGCACAAGAGUGUGUCACCAUGGAAACCGAGGACUGGAGAAAUUGGAGGACAUGCAGUUGAGACUACCCACAGGACAGAAGGGACAGAGGAGAGGCAGAGGGGAUGCAGAGGACAGAGGGGAGAGGUUACAGGCAGCACCGGACACUUCCUCCCUCUCUCUUCUUCUCUCCUCUCUCCCAUCCCUGCCCUCCCUCCCCCAGAUCUACCGAGCCAGGCUCCAGACUGAAAGCCGUCCAGCAGAAGAGCCCCGCGGUGUGGCUGAAGCUUCAGAUGAGCUCCCAUCAUAUCGAGCAAUGCAGCUGCUUCUUCAGACAGAGGCUGUGCUGCUAGAGAGGAGGAACAGGCAGAGACUGGCCAAUAGGAUGCAGCUGCAAGAAAUGGCUGGCAGGCUGGAUGAGCUGGUGUUAAUACCGCCAUAGACUUUUUUAAAUCAUGUCAUCUGCAUGGAAUACGAAACAUGGAAGACUGUUUGUGUGGUGGAAGUGUUCUGAUGUUCAGGAAGCUGAUAAUACAGAAAUAAAUCCGUAAAUAUAUAGUGAUUUGUAUAUAAAUAUGCCUAAAACAAGACAGAAAGCGAUCAUUUCUUUUUGACAUAUCAACUUUUUGACAAUGCACUCUGGUUUUUUCUUUACCUUUUUUCAGCAUCCCAACUUUUUUGGAAUCAGGUUUUGAGCUGAAAAUGAGAUUAAUCGACGGAGUUGCAAAGUCAUCUACCCAGGUCAACUUUGGCCAGCUGGAAGGGGUUUCUGUAAGCUGAAUGGUGUCGAACCUGGCAUCAGGCAACCUGUUUUUUUUUUUUCUUUGGUAGACUGCAUCAAAAAUGUUCCAGCACAUUAAACUGACAAAAUACAAAGUAUGUUUCCCCCUUAAUCAAGCCUUGGUAAAUCUUACAAUGCUAAGCUAGGGUGACCACAUCCUGAUUUGAGCUGGGUACUUGAGACUGGUACCAGUAUUGUCAUAUGACACUAGGAAAGCAAGCUAACAAGCGUACACACAGAAUAACAAUACUACCGAAUUCAUCUGCCAUUACAUCAUUGUUACUGUAUGAAGUCAAACACAAGCUACAGUUGUCAAAAACUUAACUUGCAUUUUUAUUUGUGCAUCAUAUUGGAUAUCACCAAAUUAUUUUCAGCAGGACAAACAAAUUCACUUAAAUUUACAUUUUUUGGAAAAUAAAUAACUUAAUUACAGUUUUGCGGAGGAUUGUAAUAAAACAAUGAAUGUUCUUCUAGAAAUAGAACAGCAGAUGAUAAUGUCUUUGAUGUCUUCUCUCUGGCUGAGCAGUUCAGCCACUAUCAUGAAGAAUUAACCACCAGUAGCUUCUGCAUGUAGGAGUUGAGCCACUUCUGUCUCUCCAUGGAGGUGAGGAGCUUACUCUUCUCUCUGAAGGCAGCAUCAUCAGCCACCACCAUGUUCCUCUUCACCAUGUUGGCCCCCUGAGAUGCCCAAUCAGAAGGCCAGGCCCUCUCCAUGCUACAGAUACACAGACCUCAGGAUCAGUGACAAGAAUCCAGGUACCGGAGGCUCUAACACUAACACAAUACUGGGACUUGUUUGUUUUGUUUUUUCUUUUCUUUUUUUCUUUUGAACUUCAAAAUGUUUUCUUUAAGAUGCAUUGUCUGAUUGUGGUUUGACUUUUUUGGGAAAUACACGUUUGGUUUCUAUCCUGGUAUUAGACGAGAAGAUCAAUAAAAUUUACAGAUUUGAA